AUGGACAACAGUAAAUUUGAGAUUCCAAGCUCUCUUGAUGAUUUUAUUCAGCAUACUCCAAGACGUCAGAUUACCAUUGCUGGUAAAACCGGUCUAAUUACUGUUAAUGUUGACAUUGAAUAUCAAGUUCCACAACAUAAGCCAUUCCUUGGUGGUUAUAAAAAUCGUUUGACUGGUCAGGAGUUGCACCAUGUUGCAGGACAAACAGCUCUUCUUCCACAUCAAAAGGGACUUGACCGUUUUAUUGAUAAAUUCCAUAGAUCAACACAAACGCAAAUUACAGCUCCAUCAUCAGCGCAAACAGCUCGCGAUUUCGGAUGCCAAACACCUUUCUACAAUCAAUACAUCAAAGAUACUUAUCCAACACUUAAAGCGAAACCAUAUAAAUUAGCCGAAGAUGAAUUAAACGAAAGAGAUAUGGCUGCACGUUCUAUUCAGCGUGUGACUCGUGGUUUCUUUGCUCGUCAGCAAGUUACUGAAAUGAAAGUUCAACUUCAAAAGGAAAAGGAAGAAAUGCAAGCCCAAGCUGAUCGUGUUCAGAAGGAUCUUAACGACAAACGUCUUGAAGAAAUUAACCGCCGUCGUAAUCCACGUACAGCAGCAGAUUUUAAGAAAUUAUACGAUGAACUUGCUGCAUGGCACUGGAAAGAUACACAAGCCAUCAACGAAGGCAAUCAUACUGAAGAAGAGCGUAAGAGACUUCUUCAGGAGCUUCUCAAGAAAGAAACAGAACUUCUUCAUUCGAUUGAUAAGAUGAAGAUUAAAGCAAAGAAGCUCAAUACCGAAGAAAACAACUUAAAGAAGCUCGAAACUCUUGCAAAGAAGAAAGUUUGGCAGCUCGAUAGUGGUGCAACAGUUAAAGUUCAGACACCAACAACAUCUCGUGCAAAAGAACUUUAUAACAUUUACCAAACACUUCAACUUACCGAUGUUACACCAGAUAAGAGAAUUGAAAACCUUCUUAUCUUAAAACAAACAGUUACUCAAUUUGAUUGUCCGUUAACUAGAGAUUUAAUUACUUUAAUUGAUAGAGAAGCUGAUCUUCUUAAUAGAGGUAGAAGUAAUAGCUCUCUCGAAGGUCUUCGUAUCCGUAUUAAGACCUUAUUCCUUUUAUUCUGUAUGACACCAGAAUUCAACCCAGAAGCGGCCACAUUACAGAAAGUUCCGAAGAAUGUAACCGGAGUUCAGUAA